GUUUAGUCCUCAUCAGUUCUAAACUAGAUCCACAUCCACCGGGGAAGACAAACGCGUCGCUUUAAUUCGUGCUUUUCAACUUUAUCCCCAGUAUUUUUUUUUGUUUUCUUUUCCUUUUGGACAGUGGAACUAAAUGUGUUGAAUGGAACCUGGAAGAACAGACGCACUUUUUCCCUUCAUCCGAUCGUAAAAGCAGCUGGAGUUUGGAUUCAGGCACGGAUUUCAUGCAAAGACCACUUUUUAAAGUUUGGAAUUCACGACCACGAGGAUGUUUGAUAGUUUUUUCUUCUUUUCAACCCACGAAAAAGCGGAAUGUGUGCAUGUUUGGAAAUGGAAUGACCAUCUGAGGCUGGAGCAGAGGUAGUGACGACUACAAAAGCAGUGAGUAUAUUCUUAUAGUGGACACGGCCCCCACAGACGGUGUGACUGUUGACGGUGCUGCUCAUGGACACACAGACAUGGGUUUGAAGACGGCGCCCUGCAGUGGAUCCUGUGAAUCUACAAACUGUCCUCAGGUUCAGACUGGUGGUUGGUGAAGGCCCCCCCACCCCCCGUGGGCCCAGGAUGCCAGGAUGCCCGUCACUCAGGACAAUGCCCUGAGCAUCCUCCCACUGCUGGAUGACUGGCUCCGGUCUCAGACGACAACGUCACAAGACAACGGCCAGAAUAAGGACCACCAUGCUGACCACAAGCAUGUGGAGCAGGACAUCAGUCAGAAUGUGGAAAGACAGAGCAUCUGCAGCAGCAGCAGCGUUAACAGUCUUAACGUGGUGGACAUAUCGCUGUGCCUGGCCGCCAUCCAGAAGCUGGUGGAGUACAUUCAGAUGAACUUCAUGGAGUGUGACACGGCGCCGCCCGUUAGUCCGUCCUGUAACGACGGACUGGACAUCGAAGUGCACGCUGUUUCCCUCUGUAAAGAUGAAGCAGAUGGCAGAGACUUCGGCCUCAGCUUCGGGAACAUCCCCAUUUUUGGAGACCCCGAAGGAAGAAAAAAGGGAGGUCCGAGGAGGAGGAAGGACCAGGGUCCCAUGAUGGAUGUGGGCUGUAUCUGGGUGACCGAGGUGAGGAAGAAGAGCCCGGCCACCCGCUGUGGGAGGAUCAGACUCCGAGACGAGCUGCUGUCUCUGAACGGCCAGCUGAUGGUGGGAGUGGACGUCACCGGAGCCAGCUACCUGGCAGAUCAGUGUUGGAACGGAGGCUACAUCUACCUGAUCCUCCUGCGGCGGGUCAAGCGGAAGGCGCCCCUCCCCCCUGGAGACAUGGAUGUGGGUCCCAGUCUCCCUGUGACCGCUGACCCCUGUGAAGUCCAGCAGCAGCCGUCUGGACCUCCAUCCGAACCCUCCGACAGCUCGGCCAACUGCAAACGAACACGCAAAUUCGGCGUCAUAUCGCGGUCGUCUUUCAGAGGCCUCGUAGACGGCGUCGACUCCGAGCAGCAGACGAGUCCGAGCAGCUUCGGCUCGUCCGCCUCCACGAGCGCAGGACAAAGCCCCUCGGAUAAAACCACAGAGCAAAGCCCAGAUAUAGUCAGCUUUUCUCAGACGAACGCCGGCUCCCAUCCUUCGGGUGGAGGUGGAGUGUCCGCCACUCUGCCUUCGAGGAGCCACAGUCAGCUGUUGGAGAGCAAACUGGAGCCUUUCAGCAGUGAACCCUCCACCCAGCCUAGAGAGGGCAGCCACAUCUGGAAGAUGCACAUGGUGAAGGGACAAGAAGGCCUCGGCAUCCAAAUCACAGGGGGGCGGGGCUCCAAGCGAUCCCCCCAUGGCAUUAUUAUAGCCCAUGUGGAGGAGGGGGGGGCCAUCUACAGGGAUGGUCGUCUACACGCUGGUGAUGAGCUGCUGAUGAUUAACGGUCAGUCGCUGGUGGGUCUCACUCAUCAGGAGGCCGUGGCCAUCCUCAGAUCUACUACUGGUCUGGUACAACUUGUGGUGGCCAGCAGACAGGAGGAGGCAGACGUGGGCUUCCAGCGUUUCCCCUCCACCAGUCUACCUGAUCUGGUCAACACCUGCAGCUCCUCGUCUUCGCUGUUGCCGACUCUUCCUUGUCGUUCACCGCAGACCUCCAUCAGCAGCACCAGUCUGCACAGCCCCUACCCGCCUCUAAACCUGGAAAAACUGGUAGAACAAAGUGAAGGAGAGAUGUCGGAUGAUUCCUGUAGUAAUACCACUCCCAUGAAGACGCUCUUCAACAGACCCCAAGGGGGAAACAGUCGCCUGCAGUCGGUGGGUGAGGAUGAUGAACUUUUUGUGGAGAAUGGGCUGAGAGGUUGUGAAGUGUCAGAUAAGCCUCCACCUGGACGCCGGAAGCUCUCUUUACCCCAGCAAUUAGACAGCACCGGAAUAAGACAGGAAUAUCAGAUCAUUAAGAAAUCAGCUCGUUCCCUGAGCACCAUUCAAGUGGAGUCCCCAUGGCGACUGGCACAGCCAUCCAUUAUCUCCAGUAUCGUCCUGAUGAAAGGCCAGGGCAAGGGCCUGGGCUUCAGUAUUGUUGGUGGGCAGGACUCUGCUCGUGGUCAGAUGGGAAUUUUUGUGAAGACCAUUUUCCCUCAUGGAGCUGCAUCUGCAGAUGGACGACUGAAAGAAGGAGAUGAGGUUCUAGAAGUAAAUGGAGAAUCUCUACAAGGACUCACACACCAACAGGCCAUCCAGACUUUUAAGCAACUGAAAAAAGGCGUCGUGACCCUGACCAUCCGAACCCGUCUACGUAGUCCGAGCCUGACGCCGUGUGCGACCCCCAUCCUUCUGAGCCGGUCCAGUUCUCCCAACUCCAACAUCAGCGCUGGAACAUCAGGGGCCUCAGCGACUGAGGAUCCUGACGGUCGAAGGGGCCCCUGCCCUGGUCCAAAAGACUGCAUCAUCAUGGAGGUCACCCUUAAUAAAGAGCCAGGGGUUGGUCUGGGUAUCGGAGUGUGCUGUUUGACCUUGGAUAACUCUGCUCCUGGAAUCUACAUCCACAGUCUGGCACUGGGAUCUGUGGCCAAGAUGGACGGAAGGCUCAGUCGUGGAGACCAGAUCCUGGAGGUGGACUCAUUCAGUCUUCGUCACGCUGCUCUCAGUGAGGCCUACGCUAUCCUCAGUGAAUGUGGCCCUGGACCCGUCAGCCUCAUUAUCAGCAGACAUCCAAACCCCAAGAUAUCUGAGCAGGAGAUGGAUCACAUUAUAGCUCGAUCUACACAGAGAGACAAAAUGAACAAGAACAGACACUCCACUCACUCCUCAGGUCUGAACUGUAAGAGCCCCUGUUCAUCUAUGAAGGACCGGUCUGGUGAUGCCUCCCCUGGUCUUAGUUGGACUAUGAAGAGGUUUCUUGAGCCUGCCAGCAGACAAGGGUCCCUGAGCUCCGAGACCGAGUUAUCUCAGUACUUCUCUCAGGACGUUACCAACCACUCGUUCAUGUCUGAAUCCACGCUGAGGGGAUCGAACAGCGGUAGGACUCAGUAUAACAGGAGCUGCAGCGCCUCAAUGGAUGACAGCCCGUCACAGACGUACGAGGGGGAGAGUCAGACCUUCUACCACAGACCACCAGAUAAAACCCCUGUUCCUCUUCAAAUCCAUGAUGACUCUUCCCCCCAGCCCGUGCGGAGUCCACUUCUCCGCCAACGACCGUUAAUGUGCAUGGAUGACGACUUUAGAGACGAAGAGUAUUCUGGUAAUAAUGACAACACCGGCGUCCUUUGCAAACAAACAGAUUUCAGCAACGCCCAAAUACGUCAGAUUCCCAACAGUAGUUCACCGGUGGUAGCAGCUCCGACCUCAUUGGACGCUGAUUAUGACAGUGAAGAGGGCGGGCAUUCGCAGAGGUUUGAAAGUGAUUUUGUUCCGACACUGUUUUCUGGUAUUUACUCUGAAAGUGAGGAGGAUAAUAUGAACAAGACUGGGUUACACAGCGACCCCCAUGACCCCAAAGGAGGAGGGGCUGGAGGUACGUUGGAGUGUAAAGCAGUGACACGGGUUCAAGACUCGACGGGUACUGAAGUUUUAGACCCGCCUCAUCAGCUGAAACAUAAAGGCGAUGAAGCGUCUGCGGGCCAGACUUCUGGGAUGUCAGGAGAGCCCAAUGAACUGGAGGGGGUUUGUACCGUCGACACCGUGACUCUGACGAGGAGGGAGGAGGAGUCAUUUGGACUUGACCUGGAAGUGACGUCCUCCCCCAUGAAAGUCAUCAUUGUUGGACUGAAGCCCGGAGGCGCCGCUGAACGGGAAGCAACAGGCAAGCUGUGUCCUGGAGAUAUGAUUUUAGCGAUGGGAGAUAAGGAGGUUUGCUCCUAUAGCUAUCAGGAAAUCUGUGAGCUCAUGCGUAACCCUCCUCUGAUUCUGUCCUUGGAAGUCAAGAGACCAGUUUCAGCUGUAAACCAUCUCUCCAGUUUGAUCACAUCUUCCAGAGGCAGUGAUAGAGCUGUGAGACUAACCCCAUCCACCUCUGUUCAUGGGCUGACAAAUGAAAGACAAAUGGAAAACUCAAGACACACGACACAAACAGAGCCCGAUUUUCAAACACCUAUCACAAAUAUAGAUGAUAUUAUUUGCGAAGUAAGUGAAGUUAUCGCUGAAAAUGCACACGCUACGUUCUGCAAAACAUUAUCUGAUGAGCCAGUGUCCUGCAGCUCCAGUCAGAAUGACGUAAACACAUGUGAGAAGCAGAUUAGUCCUAUAAACUACUCUAUUCCAGAUGAAACAAAUGAAAACAGUGCUAUCCUCCCUGCUGCGACACUUUCCCCUACACGUGUAAACCAAAAGGAAAACAGUACUUUCGGUGGAUCCAGACUGGAACGGGCGGACGCCAGUUGCCAACGUAUGUACCCGACAGGAAGUGACAGCGAUUCGAGCAGUGAUUCUACCUCUGAAAGCUGUUUGACAGAUAAUAAGCCCCGCAGCGGCACUAGUCUUAAGGAGCUGUCAUCGUGCGACGAGGAAGUGGAGUACUGUUACCAUGACGACCGACAGCCUUCUCCUGGUGGACACUUUGAAUCUAACAACCCUCCAAAAGGGUGCAUCCCUGAUGAGUGCAGUCGAAGUCUAAACAUGGAGACGAACACAGGAAACACUGCUGAAACAACAGGGUUAUUAGAGGAGGAACCAGGUCUGACAUCACUGACCAAUGCUAGUCAACCUUAUGACAAAGGCUCUGCAUGUGUGGCAGACCAUCCCCAAGCCUUCAGUGUUUCUAGAAGCCCUUCCCUACCAGAUACCUUUGGUGUCAUUCAGGACUCAACUACAAAAGUGCACAGUCCUGCUUUAGUGUCCUCAGAUUUAUUAAACCAUCUGCAUGCACAAAAAAACCUUUUAGCUUCAACUGAGUCAGGUUCAAACAUCAACAGAUCAGUCUCGUCAACAACGACAGGAAAUAAGGAGAACGUCAUGAGCAGCCAUGUUAGUAAUUUGCUAACAGCGUCUAGCGAUAUUUCAAGUAGUAGCAUCAAACUUAUGGAUGAAAGUCAAAUCAAGCCAAAUGUUUCUUCUCCCAAACUUAGCAAGCCACAGGAGAAACCAUUCCACAGACCUAGUUGGACCAAAAGUCCUGUUUCUUCAAAAGGAAAAACAUGUUUCAACCUCACAAAACAACCACUAAAAACAUCUGCUGCGUUCAGUGUACUGGGGACUAUCGAUCAGUGUCACACCAACAGCAGCUUUGAUUUAAGCGACAAAAUGCAAGACUCAUCCGAGAGCUGGUCGACACGUAGCUCAUCACAAACUGCACAAUACGCCUUCCAAGUCGACGGUCAUUUAGCAUCCAAAGCAAUGGCCAAAACACAGGAGCGACCUCACUCAUCUGUCAUCCAGAGAACAUUUAUAGAGGUUCAUCUCACCUCCUUGACUGGUUUAUCCUCACCAGUUCUAGCACACAACGAAAUGAUAAACACUAAGAGUUCUAAACCAAGUCGGAGACACACUGAGGCCAAAUUCCCACCUUUACCCUUCCCUUCCAACUCCACUGCGGAAAAGACAAAUAGCCUUUUUGCUAACACAGACUGCAUUUCUACGAAAGACGGCCAUUCGACUACAAGUAACGGUUCAAAACCCACUAUCACAGUAUUAGACGAGACCCUGAAGUCCAACACAUCCAAACUGUUCUUAAAGACAAUGGAGCGGCAGAGCUUCCCCUCGGAUACCGCCUACAACCCCUUCUCGGUCCGACAUAAGAUAAAGUCUUUUGAAAACUUAGCCAACUUGGACAAAGCUGCAGCUAAAGGCGGUGAUUUCCAGUCUUAUGCUCUGGCGUAUCGAGCCUCCCUUAACCAGAGGAUCGCUGGUUAUAUGGGUCUGGUUAAUUCCAUCAACUGUCAUGCACAGCAAAGGACUUUUAUUUCCAGUAUGGAAAACGUACUCCCCACCACCCCCUGUUUAACCCUUGCUGCUGGUGAACCUCCAUCUAGCAUUAAACCUAUUAAUUAUGAGCUUUCACCCACAAACUGUGCCACAACUCCCCGAAUUAAGGACAGUGCUGUAGAAGUUCAGAAAGCUUCGGAGGAGGGUCAAACCCAGACCCUCCUGGUCCUCCGAGGGAAACAUUCCAGACUUCCUCACACCAGGUUACGACAGCUCCGGGCUCUCAGUAUGCCAGAACUGGAAAAACUCUGCAAAGACAAUCCUGUCAUCGCAAGAGGUCCACAAACGGGCAGUAGAAAUGAGCCUAUUGCAGCUGAAAGAACAUUCACUGACGGCUCAUCAUCUUCAGCAGUCCUCACCAGAGUGGACAUAAACUGGGAGAGCCAGACUGAUCCUGAACCCACUGGAGUCGGCGCUGACAAGGCGCAGGUGCAACAGCCCAGCUGGUCUGUCAGACUGAAGGAGCUGUAUUCUAGUCCUUCGAGUCAAACUAAAAUGCAAACGCUGCUGUCGUCUGGGACAACUAAAGCCUAUGUGUCAGCUCUUCUUCAGGAGGCAAAGGCACUCUCAGAGGUUUAUGAUAAUAUUCACCUUGUUGUCUUGAAUAAGGAGGAGGGCUCAGGCCUGGGUUUUAGUGUUGCUGGUGGAGUUGACCUUGAGCAGAAAACGAUAACUGUUCAUCGAGUCUUCACCAAAGGAGCAGCCAGUCUCGAAGGCACAAUUCAGAGAGGUGACCACAUUUUAUCCAUAAAUGGAACAGUUCUGGAGGGUAAAACCCAUGGAGAGGCUGUUUCCAGCCUCCAUCACGCCAGGCUGUCAAAUCAAGCCCUGGUCGUCAUUUUGAGAGACCAGGAUCGAGUCUCUGACAGACAUCCAAAGACGAUGGUUCCUGCAAAUAUAAAGACCUCCGCGGCUGGAGAUGGUCCAGACAAUGUUGUGUCGGUGGAGCUUGUGAAGACCUCUGCAGGCCUGGGCUUCAGUCUGGAGGGGGGCAAGUCCUCAAGCCACGAAAGCCGACCUCUUAUUGUCAAACGAAUCUUUAAAGGAGGUGCUGCAGACCUGUCAAAGCUCAUUGACGUUGGUGAUGAGGUCCUGUCCAUAAACGGCUGCUCUCUGGACGGCCUCAUGCACCACGACGCCUGGAAAAUCAUCAAAGCCGCUGAUGAAGGCCCCGUCCACCUCCUCAUCUGCAAACCCAGGCCCUCAACGUAGACAAGAAGAAAACACACAUUAAAGAUCAUGAAGCAGACUUCCAUGGCAGAACAUGGCUGUGCAAUAGAAGAGAUGAUGUGAAAUAGAAUUCCAUGUUUCAUACAUUUUCUAAUGGAUUUAAUUUGAAAUUUUGUAUGUUUUGUACUGAUGGUUGAACUUAUUCAGAGCUGGAGGUGGGGGAAACACCACUACCCAACGCUUGUUUUUUAUGGUAGAUGCUGUGUGUUUAUAGUACAUGUACUGGAAAAAUUCUGGAAAAAAUUUAAGGGACAAAAAUGCAUUUUUCCGUUGUUGAUAUUUUUAAAUAAACUCAGUAUGGUACAA